GUUCUGUCCGGCGAGCUGAUGCUAGCGUUGCUCUGAUUUAGCGCGGGAUGCUAUAAACUAGCGUGGGGGGUCGCAGUCGUCGUUGUCCUUCCCCAUCCACGACAAGAACCUGUGCGAGGCUGAUAUCGCUGCGCAAAAUCUUCCACGACAGGAAGCCGUGUGAAAUUGACUGCACGCUUGAGCUACUUAGGCCGCGAACUAUAAUCACUACAAACCUACAUCCGACGUUCGCUUGCAUCGUAACCCAGCAGCGACCUGGGAGGCCACAGUGCCCAGUUGUUUAACUUCAUAUUCCUAUAACAAUGGCCGAUGCUGAAGCAGCGCAGUUGCUGCCCGGGCACCUCUCAUCGCGGGCCGCACGCGCCAUCCGCCCGGCGCUUUCUUACUUCAAAGCGUUCCUGGAGGCCCAGUCGCGACAGUGGUCUCCCGAGGACCCGGAUGGCAACAUCAUCCUCAGCGUUGCGGAGAAUCGGCUGACCGCUGACAUGGUCAGGGACCGUCUGGCCCAGUCCGCGGCGGACUUCCCGCCCUCCGCCCUGAGCUACGCGGACAUGCGGGGGCUGCCCCGGCUGCGGCGGGUGCUGGCGGAGAUGCUGGAGGAGACGUUCAUGCGGGGUAUUUCCGUGGAUCCCGACCACCUGACAGUCAGUGCGGGGGCGGGGGCGGUGCUGGAGAACCUGUUCCACUGCAUCGCGGGGCCAGGAGAUGUCGUACUCAUCCCCGCGCCGUACUACCCCGCCUUCGACAACGACCUCCAAGUCAAGUGUGCCGUACAGCCCUGGCCCUUCCAUCUGGACGAGGACCGACCCGUGGGUCCGCAACUGGACGCAGCGGCUGCUGCUGCUAUGGCUGCAAUGACUGCCGGACUCCCACCCACCACCCCCACCCCCACCUCCACCUCUCCUGAUGCCGGGGCUUGCAACGGCUCUGACGGCGCUAGCAACGGCGCCUCAAUCGGCCAACAGCCCGAUCAGCAUCAUCAGCAGCAGCAAGCCCCCCAACCCCCCCAGCACCCUUCCCAGCAGCCCCCGGGACGGCGGGUGUCAGCGGUGUUGUUCACCAACCCCAACAACCCGCUGGGCACUCGCUACAGGGAGGAGACGGUGCUGGAGCUCAUGCGCUGGUGCCUGGGGCGGGGGGUGCACCUGGUCAGUGACGAGAUCUACGGCAACAGUGUGUUUGGUCCCGGAGCGACCUUCAUCAGCGCGGAGGUGCUGGCGCGGGGGGAGCAGGCGGCGGCCCUGCCCCGCUCCCACCUGCUGCCCGAGCUGCUCCAUGUGGUGUGGGGCCUGUCCAAGGACCUGUGCGCCAGCGGGCUGAGGUGCGGCUGCCUGCACACACGUAACGGGGCGCUGAGACAGGCCCUAGACAACCUGGGGUACUUCUGCGCCCUACCCAACCCCACCCAGUGGGCCCUCAUACACGCGCUGGAGGACCGGGAGUGGCGGGCAGCCUUUCUGCGCACCAACAGGGAGCGGAUGAGGGAGGCGUACGGCAAACUGGAGGCUUCCCUGGACGCAGCGGGUAUCCCGCACGUGAGGGCGGACAGCGCCAUGUUCUGCUGGGUGGACCUCAGGUGUUGGCUACCCGAGCGCUCCUGGGAGGGUGAGGCGGCGCUGUGGGCGGCGCUGUGUGGCGAGUGCGGUGUGCUGCUCACACCGGGCGAGCAGUGUCAUGCUGCCGAGCCGGGCUUCUUCCGCGUGUGUUGGGCGUGGGUGCCGCCUGAUGCGCUGCCGGAGGCGGUGCGGAGGCUGAGCAGGAGGUUCGGGAGGGGAGGGAAGGUGCCGGCGGAGGCGGGGGCGGCAGCAGCGGAGGCGGGGGCAGCAGCGGAGGCGGGGGCAGCAGCGGAGGUGUAGGAGAUGAGGCGGGGACAGCGGCAGGGGCAGGAAUGGGGGCAGGAGGAAGUGAGGGUCAGGAGUGCCAGGAGUGAAAACCGCAAGGAGGGCAGGGCAGGACGCAAGAGUGAUGCGAGGUACGCGAGGUAGUAGCUGGCGGCGGACGCGGCGGCGAGAGGGGCACCGCGGGUGGGAGCUAUCGGUGUGCAGCAGGGGUUAGGAUGCAGUUGCGGCAGGAAGGAGAGGAGGAAAGGGAAGGCAGAUGCUUGGGAGAAGACGCGGCGGCGGCGGCGGCUGGUUUGACACUCCCAUUUCCCAUAAGGCAGGGCGGGCGCGAGAGGGUGGAUGAAGGGGUGUCAGCCGCAAGGGGGGUGUCAGCGAUUAAAAAUGAGUCGAGCCCGUCCGCCAUGCAACACACACUUGGCUUGGCGCGCGUUUUCGAGCGUGGAUACGAACUUGAGGCUUUUGCGACUUGUUGCCAUUGACGCACCUUUACUAAAUUGCGGGCUAUCUAAAUGUAUAAAAGCUUGAUUGUGCCAUAACGCAGCUGUAUAAUGGUCGCUGUUGGAGGAAAUGGGUUGAGAUCUUCUAGAGAAGGCACCAUGUGAGUCAGCACCCAGC